UAGUGGUUUUGUCCAUUCAUACUGUUUGGAUUUGUAUCGCAUUUCCUACGCAGUAUGAAAUUACGAUAAAAUCAAAAUUUGAACGAGAAAUUUUCCUCAACAGCUGAAAUUAGCUCAAGUUGACAUAAAUAUUUAAACAUGAACGCCUAUCACCAAAGGCGAGGCAGGAUUCCGCGCAGUAAGAACAUACCAUGAAAAAUCCCAAAAGACAUCUUAAAUGUUCACUAUGCAAAUACCUCGCUUCUAUAUCGAUGUCUGUGGAACGUUAACAAAUUAAAAAUGAAAGAGUUUUUUAGCACCUUUUUAAAGUAGAACAUCUCAGUUUGGUGCGAAAUUCGGCUACUCUUCCCGAAGUUCUAUUCUGCUUGUAGGCACUGGCUUGACUGGAAAGAUGGCGUAUUGGGAUUUAUCGAAUCGUUCAGAGUUUCAGAUGAUGUUGAAUUCUACACAAUCUACUACGACAAAAGUAAGUGUUAAAGAAACCUUCGAAAGCCCAAGACGUAGCCAGGUCAUCAUAUUAUUGUUGCUGAUACUAAUUGGUACUGCUGCAAAUGCCUUAGCUUUGGUUGCAUCUCUGACACUCGUCAUCAGGCAAAGGAAAACAAGCAAUCUUCUCACUAUUGCCUUGACAGUUACCGAAUUGUUUGCAAUUUCCAUUGCUGCUGCACCAACAACACUUUGCUACGCUAGUGGGUAUUGGGUUGGUGGAGACAGCGCGUGCAGUUUUCAGGCUAUAUCGUUUAUGUUCGUAAACAUAGCAUCUCCGGGUCUCACAGCUGCUAUGACGUUAGAGCGGCUGUUUGCAGUAACGAAGCCAUAUUUCUACAAAAACAAUAUAUCUGCAAAAAAGACAGGAAUAGCUAGUGCCAUCAUAUUGGCUUUUUCAACUCUAGUAUCUUUGACUUCGCUUGCUACUAAAGACUACGUGACAAAGAAUUCAACUGGUACCUAUUGCAGUUUUAAUUGGGCUAGCAGAAGGGCGGGAAACAUGGCCUUCAGUAUAUUCAUCGCGAUCUUCAGUUUAUCAUCAUCGUCGACCAUUGCGAUAUGUAACAUUCUGAUUGCAAAAAGUCUUAUAAAGGUCGGCAGAAGAAGAACUUUACUUAAAGGCCACAACAAUUUUCGACUAAGAAGAGACGGUGAAGAGAUCGGGGACAAAGUAUCUUCUAAAGGAAAUGGGAGAACCAGGGAUGCAAAAGUCCAGAUGAAUCUUACAAAGUCAGUAACGAUUGUGUCAAUCGCCAACGUCAUCUGCUGGACGCCUCAUGUUGUGCGAAUUUUGUUAUCAUUGAAUGGCAAAGUUGUAUCAGACGUUGCUGACAUACAAAUUACCCGUUUACUAAUCCUUGGUUUUGUUAUGGACCCGUUUCUCUAUACAAUCUCUCGAAAGCAAUGUCGAGAUCUGAUUAAAACUUGGGUCUAUCGCUGCUUCUCAGUUGUGAGAGUUAAUCGAGUCUCAUUGACAAAUCAUGAGUCGAACGAAGACACAACAUCACGGCCUAAAGAUCAACUAACCAUUGAGAUGAGAAGUAUAUCACCAUCAUCAAUAGGACAUGCAAUGAUUCACUCACAUGGCAUUUUUUCAUUUAUCAAGGAAGCUGAGUUCCACGACAAAAGAGGCUAGUAGGACGCUAAGGGGUUAUUUGAUACGAAAAAACAGUUUUGUUACAUUUAAGCUUAACAAUAUCGACACCUUGAAAGGUUUUUUGACGAUUGUCUUUCCAAGAAAGCACAGUGUAUGAAAUUUCUUUCCUCAGCGGAUCUUUCCUUCUUGAGGUCUAAACUUUCAAAAUUAAAACAGAAUAUUUCACGAAAAUUAUCAGUUUUCUUGACUUCCAUGUAAAAAAUAGGUUAUAUGAAUUUUUCGAGGAUUUGAAUGCUAUCAACAGCAGUACACAAAACAAAUUGCGGCUACGCCAGUAUUUUCACAGUUAACAGCCAGGCUGCUAGAUCUCUAGUGCAGUUACCAGACCUCUAGCUCAGUUUAAAGCACUUUGUCCCGACGCAUUUCGCUGGCCAUCUAAAUCCCUAUUGGUUGGACUACACAAUAGGCCUAUUGUUACGUAUCCAAUCGGAAACGUAAGGCUAAUUCGAUAAUAAACGCGCUUUAAAGCCUAUUGUUAACACUGAACGGUUGUCUAGCGGGACAUAGUGUUUUUAAAGACCUCUUUUCUAGUUACAAGGUCUUAAGGCCGAUUUCCAUUUGACAUUUUUUGUGCGCGCCUGCAUAGCGCCCAAGUCUGAGCAUGCGUAAUUAAAAUCAAGUGGUCUCGAUUUUGCGUCCGCUGUGAGCGCCAGAAAGUUGAUAGGGUCUCAGCUUUUUUGUGCGCUCGGCCACUUGA